AAAAACAGAAAGGAAAGCGUGAGAAAAAGAAAAGAAUGGGGGUAUAUCUAUAAAAAAGAAACUCGCCAUUCUUGAAUUCACAACCUGAACCAUUAAUCUCUCUUCCUCCGAUUCCCGCUAAAUGGAUUCAGCGACAACAGCUCCUCCCACGUUGCAGGAGCUGGAGCUCGACAACCUCAAAGCUCUCAAAGUCCUAGGAAAAGGUGCCAUGGGAACCGUCUUCCUCGUCCACGACACCACCACCAACAACGCCCCCCUCGCCUUGAAAGUCGUCGACAAAACCUGCGUCCGCGCAAAACUCGACGCCGAACGCCGCGCGCGUUGGGAAAUCCAAGUCCUCUCAACCCUCUCCCACCCCUUCCUCCCUACCCUCCUCGGAACAUUCGAUUCCCCACAGUUCUUAGCGUGGGCCAUACCCUACUGCCCCGGCGGCGACCUCAACGUCCUCCGCUACCGCCAAACCGACCGCACUUUCUCCCCCACCGUCAUCCGCUUCUACGUGGCGGAAAUCAUCUGCGCGCUCCACCACCUCCAUUCCAUGGGCAUAGCAUACCGUGACCUCAAACCAGAAAAUGUCCUCAUCCAAAACAACGGUCACGUCACCCUCACCGAUUUCGACCUCUCCCGCAAACUCACCCUCAAACCUAAACCCCAUCUUCCUUCAAUCCCCGUCCCCAAUCCCAAAGUCAAAGAACCCCGCCGCAAACACCGUCGCAACUUCUCCCGCUGGAUCCCCCUCCCUCCCCUCGACGGGAACCGAAGGAAGGCCACCACCAACGCCCUCAAGAAGGCCAAGUCCGCGCGAGUCAGCCCCGUGAGUAGACGAAAACUGAGUUUCUCCAACGGCGAGCGCUCCAACUCGUUCGUCGGAACCGAGGAGUACGUCUCACCGGAGGUCGUUCGAGGCGACGGCCACGAGUUCGCCGUUGAUUGGUGGUCCCUCGGAAUACUCAUCUACGAAAUGCUCUACGGUACGACUCCGUUCAAAGGCAAGAAUCGCAAGGACACGUUCCGCAACGUCCUCACCAAGGCGCCGGAGUUCGUCGGGAAGAGAACCGCGCUCACGGACCUCAUCGAGAAGCUCCUGACGAAGGAUCCGACGAGGCGGUUGGGAUACACGCACGGCGCUGCGGAGAUCAAGGAGCAUGAGUUCUUCCGAGGGGUGAAAUGGGACCAUUUAAUUGAGGUUGUGCGGCCGCCGUUCAUUCCGUCGCGGGACGACGGCUCCGCGGAGUCGUUGGAGAAGCUUUCCGCCGGGAAUUCUGGCGUGGAUAUUAGGGAUUACUUUCAGAAUCUUAGAUCGGUGCCAUCUUCACCGUCAGCGUCAGCCUCCCCAUCAUCGCCGCGGUGGCGGUUUAAGAAAAAUGUUUCUCUAACGGAAUUCUAACCCACGUGCAUGCGCACUGUAGCACGUGCGAGUUAGUUAUUCUUUUGAGUGAUAUUGCAAUAUUGUGUGUAUAGAAUAACGGUAGAUUGGUUAAAAACGGAAUUAGCAAUGUUAGUUAGUACAAACUUCAAACAGUUAAGAGUUGCAGAAUACGAUUUUUAUGAACCUUUUUCUCUCCUCCCAUCGUCCUGUUUUGUAACAGCUUUAUGAAUCACCUCAAUAGCAAAAGGGGUACAACAACAA